AUGGGUGAUCGGGGAGCACCUGGGAACACUGAGUCUAGAGGUGACGAUGGGAUUGGCCUGCCUGGCAAGAUAGGUCCGAGAGGGCUACCUGGUGUUGGUGGAAGAAUCGGAGAAACUGGUGUCAAAGGUCAGAAGGGUGAGUCAGGGGAGACUCCAGACGACUCCAACCAGCGGGUGGCAUUCACCGUGGUGAGGACGACCGACCCAGAUGAAUCCAAGAGUCACGAAACCCGUUUGCCCUUCGAGCAGACCGAGACGCUUCUGCCGGUAAAUCAACGAGGUCAGUUGUCUGGAAGCGCGGUGCUGAGUCUCCAGCGUGGAGACACGGUGUAUGUUACCAUGCACGGUAGGGCGAAUGGUGGUAACUACACCUCAUUCAGCGGCUUCCUCCUUUUCCCGGAGUCAAUUAAUUAA